AAAUAUGUGUUCAGUUGAAGUUACAUUUCUUAAAAUUGACAUUGCUUUACAGUUAACAGAACUUUGAUAAACUACUGUUUUCAAAAAAUCACUUGGCGUUAUUUUAAAAGCUGAACACUUAUUAUUUUCAUCAGUGUGUAGAAAUUAUCUUAAAAUGUUUCUUGAACCGUCUCUUAUAUAUUAUUCACAGGAUAGUAUUAGCAGCACAUUUGGUGACAAAACAACUCACAGAGGGAAGAGAAUUGGUGAAACAUUGGACGACAUAAUGGAUGGAAAAUGCCAAGUCUCCUUUAUACCAGUUAUUGAAGUAACAGAAAUCCGUGGCAAAUGGUUCACUUCAGACAACCGUCGGCUCUGGGUGUUUAGACAUCUACAACAGCUUGGGAAAUGCGAACAAAUACCAGUGCGACUUUGUCGUCAUUUCAAUCACAGAAAGUUAACAACAACAAAUGACGGAGUGGAUAUACGAGUACGUGGUCAGGGGCCAGGUGGAAUAUGGUAUAUGCGCUCAAACCCCUCGACCAAUCCUAAAACGAGAACGCUUGAGGAUACUUUAUGUACAACAAAGUCAAGUGGUCAGCAGUUACAUGCUCCAAAUUGUAAUGUUAGCACGCAAGGUGAAAAGCAUACAGGCACUGAACUUGCCAGACCUGAUCUGAUUGGCAAAGUAUUUAAAACUGAUAAUUCAUUGUUUGAAAAAGAAAACUGCAAAUCUAACGUAACCGCAAGUAAAAGGACAGACGUGAAAUUUAAAUAUGCAGAAAGCCAAACGACAAUCGGGUUUUCAGAUCGAGCGCAUGAGACUUGUUCACCUAGCAUUUUAGCCACGCUGGACAAUCUUGAAAUCAAUGAGACACAAGCUCAGAGCAGCUGUAUAGAGCAAACUGGCAUAGAUAACGAGUCUUUACAACGAAUGCCUAUUUCCCCGGGCCACACAUUUCAAACUACCGCCAGAUUGUCCUCGACACCGUAUGCUGAAACACGAAAACAAACGACAUUGCACAAUACCAAAACUGAUAUCGAUAAUGAUAAGCCUGUCAGAAAAUAUUUUGCGAAGAAAUCACACGGUCCAUGUCAAGAUAUACUGGCAGAUAAGUAUAUGGUUUUGCCAGAGAAACCGACUAUUAACAAACCUACAAAGUCUGAAAAUAAUUCGCAUGCUACAUUUGAGUUAUUGAGUGCAACACAUAUGGCUAACAGUCAAGAAAGGGGGUCAAGAAACACACUCAACAAGCCAACCCUGAAAUCAAAAUAUAUUGCAACGAAAACAACCGAUUUUGCAGUAUAUACGCAAGUAUGUGACGCAAAAGGCAAUGUUGUUGUUUCAGAAAAAAGAUCAAGCGCACUACAACUUAAAACAAGCGACUUAAAAGAGGCAUCUACUCAAGGUAAUACAAAUUCAAAUCAUUCGACACAAAUUAGUUUGGAACAUGUAGAUAAGUCAGUAACGAGCAAACCGGAACAAGUAUAUGAACGCAAGCCCCGUAUGACGUCAACUCUGGAAGGAAACAAAAGAACUGCAAGACCAUUUCCCGAAAAACCUGAAGUCACUACCUUAGCAAACAAGAACAGACAAAUUAAUGAGAUCCCCCUUAAUGUAUCAACAGAGAAAGUGAGACAUAUAUCGGGCGAAAAAGUAAAGGUCCCUAAUCAGACCGUUUCGAAAGAUUCAGUGGCUGAUGGUUUUAUUUCAAAAUCUAUAUGUAGCUCAAAUGAAGACAAGAAACGUUCUACCGAUACACUAGAGCAUCCAGCUAGAGAUAAAGCAGUGUUUCGACGUUCAACAUCUACAACACAACGCAUUUCAAAGCCACUAUCAUCCGGCGCAAAUACCACAAGAACUGCAUCAACAAGAGGAUGUGGACAGGUGACCGUCUCGGGAACGAGACACAUCACCUCAUUGGCAGCGCGGGAGGAAAUAAAUACAGCAAGUGCAUCAAAACAUAAAAACAAGGUUUCUGUCACAGACAAUAAUAGGCAUUCAAUACCCGCUAAAGCAGACACCUAUUGCAGUUUGACAAGUGCAACGAAAAACAUGAACAUAUAUCAAGAAAAGGCUCAUAAGACAACCACAACUACAAACCAGCGUAUUCUAUCAGAUACCAGGGAAAAAGCAGGUAAUACACUACGUGAGGAGUGUAAAGAAGUGAAUGUAAAACAAUCAAAUCAGUUAAACGAUACUGAUGCUGCUGGACAAGCAAGCUUUAAAACUUUACCAAUGAAAAACAUGAAAAAAGAAUCAUCGAUUGAACCCACCAAAUACUUCCAAAGCAAAGAUACGGAACUCAAAUGCUGCACAGAUAAGCAUUUGCCACAGGGUUUCAGUGUACGUAAAUCAAAACCAGAACCAACAAAAUUAUCGAGACCUGAAAGUUAUAGCAAAAACAAAACUGAUGAAUCGAUACCUAUGUCAGCACUUUACUAUACAGACACGGACAAAACAUGGUAUAGAAGAGACACAGUAAGGGGCGUGAAAUUUAAUAAUUGGGUUGUAUCCGCAAACUUGACAAAUUCAGAAAACAUAUCAACCUGUCGAGAUACUGGAUCUUACAACGAAAGUGUAUCAUCCCGGAAUACACCGGAUUUAAAAGCUGAUAAUAACAAUCAACUACAAAGUCUUUCAAACAGUGGGAGAAGAAAUAAGGACCCUGUAACAAAGUGUAUAAAUAAAGAUACUGAUUUGAUAAUCAUGAAACAAGCAGAUGAAUCUUUAAGAAUGGCGAACAUCUGUGAUGGAAAUUCCCUCACGAACAAACAGUACCGUAUUAAAACAAAACAGGUUCGUCUAGAAUCGGAGGAGAGACUACAAGUGGGGACAGCUGCAAAGCCACGAGCAAGAAUUGAUCAAAACGUAAAUGAACCAAUAACUGGUUUGUUUGAAUCUGUUCACAACCAGUUAGAUGACGACUGUGACAGCGAUUCGGAUGAAGUGUACGUAAACAAAGCGGGGAUUAUAAAAAACACUGGAAGAUCGAGGGCCGAAGAACAAAUGCCAUCAUCGAUUAAACAAGAAACUAGGAUAUCUAAGGUGCAUAAAAACAUGCGUGUUAGCGGUCCUAUGUAAGUUCAAUAUAACAGUGCCGGAAAAUUAAACAGUGCUUAAAAUAAUGGUGAAUUAGAUGGAAAUAUGCACUUAUAACACGUGCAUUGUAAAUAUUGAAAUGAUGGGAUUGCAAAAUGUUCUGAUGUUAAAAUAUGUUAUUUUAUUGGUUUUAAAUGUGUUAUUAUUUUGACAAAUUUAUAUUUUUAUUAUAUGUCCAAUUAAAAAAUGGUUCAAGAUAUAAAUGUAACACACUUUAAAAGAAAAAAGUGUGUUUGGUGUUCACUGAGUGUGUGAAACCCUUCUGUAUAGUCUUAAGUAAUAUUUUAUUCUUAUUUUUUAUUAAUUAAAAGUGGUUUGAUUGCAAUAUGUACAUUACAACGUGUUUUCAUUUUAUUAAAUUGUUAAGUUUAACAUCAUUUUUUAUAUGGAAAGUUAUCCAGAUUUUACUUUGACAUGUGUAAUAAAGUUACUAGUUAAAA